AUGCGACUAACUGGGAUUGAAACGGGAGGAGAUGCCGAAUCACAUCCCUUCUUGGCUCCCUCAGACGAAAUCUCAAUGGGUUGUUGCAUUUGCAAGCAUGAUACCUGCAAUCUGGCUGUAUACCAAGAAAUCACUGGAGCACCCAUUGAAAGUCUUGUAUACUACUCUUUUGUAAAUAAUGUCUACCAAUCUCCCUUCUUUGUGGCAUAUGACGAUGACUCUGAGUCCAUCAUUAUUGCAAUUCGUGGGACACUCUCGCCCGAAGAUGUUAUCGUUGACAUGCUUGCGGAAGGCAAACGUCCUCUGUCUGAUGAAAUACCAUCCGACGUGCCUGCAGACCAAGUUCCCGACUUCUACGUGCACAUGGGAAUCCUUUACACUGCGCGUAACCUAAGAGAUAUCAUCCUUCGUCUCCAGUUGGUAGAGAAGGCUCGUGUCAAGCGAGCCUCUUACCCCUUGGUGGUUUGUGGUCACAGUUUAGGUGCCGGUGUAGCCUCUGUACUGGCCUUUCUUCUACGGAAGUACUACCCUGAAGUCAAGGCUUAUGCCUACAGCCCUCCGCUUGGCUUGAUGAGUGCGCGUAUGGCUCGCUACUGCAAGCCCUUUGUUGUUUCCAUCGUACUGGGAUGCGACAUCGUUCCUCGUCUCAGCAUUCCCACACUCAACGACCUCAAAUGGCGGCUACUGUCGGCGCUGCAAGAUUGCAACGUUCCCAAGUACCGCAUUCUCGCCAACGCGGUUAGAAUCGUAGGCCUAAACUGUCUCUUCCCCUCCUUCUGUCGUCCCUCAUCAAACACCAUCGGAUUGGACACGCGUCUCUUUAGCGCGUCUUGUCAGUAUAAUCUCCUUCGACCAAAAGUCUUCAGUCCAAGAGGAGCACCCGCAAUUUCUUCCUCUACGGAAUACAGUGAUUUUGUAACCGAUGAGCUGGAACUGGAUGGUCUUGGUAAUAAUAACUACGCUUUCACUUCUAUUGGCGUUAUUUGCACUACUUGGUUUUGUUAUACCAUCAUCCUUGAAAGUACCGCUUCCUUGCGCCGACCUGUGCGAUACCUUUCCGAGAAUCGAUCGCUAUUUCGGUGGCUGCGUGCCAAGACAGAUGUACUUCUUAGGACGGACGCGUCCGGUACAAUUUACGUUCCCUUCGUUUCGGCUACCAGGACCAGUGAGUUCAGCACCAUCACAGCCUCGGACUCUGUUGAAGCAAACGAGCCUGCUGAUGUUUAUAGCGAUUUUGUCUCUAUGGACACCAGCGUACGAUUUGCUGGGCUCAUUGUUCAUAUUGUCCAAGUUGAGGACACUGAACUACAAACUGGUGCCUCUUUGAGGAGCGACUCCUCAACAUCGAGUCCUUGGUGCCAAGAUCAAUUAACCCAUCCUCCGGUCGCUAUAUGGUCAAACUCGAGACAAUUCCAGACCAUCAUCAUCCAUCCUCGGAUGCUCUCUGACCACCUCCCCGAUGAGGUUUCAACAGCCCUCCAUCGGCUGUACACAGCCACGUCUCAAUCAGAUUCUCUGUUGUUCAGUGGAAAUGUAGGCGCACUUGACCCCAGGGCGUUGGUUAGGCGGCUCAAGAAACCCCCGCAUUGA